AUGCCCCUCAGCCACUCCGCAGACCCUGCAGAGCUCUCGUCGCUCGCCGGGAGCAUUCGCGACCAGUUCCUCGUUUUCUAUUCCUCGCGCGACGCCAGCGGCGCCCUCUGGUGCCCGGACUGUAUCGCUGUCGACCGCCUCGUUCAAAACACGUUUGGCCCCUCCGAUGGCCCCAGUGCUCUGAUCGUGUAUGUCGGCCAGAAGGCAGAGUGGAAGUCGCCCACGAACCCGUUCCGAGGGGAGCCCUGGAAGGUCGAGUCCGUACCCACGAUCAUUAGGGUUCAAGACGGCGCGCGACUCGUGGACGGAGACAUAGCGCGCACCCUAGCCUCGUUCCUCCAGAAAUAA